AGUCCUCAUCCUUCGACGAGUAUUAAAAGCAUGCGAUGGUCACUCGCUUUCCCUCAGCAGCUUCAGCCAGAGCUCUCUACAGAACACCCCCGCCUCAUACACUGCCUACUCGACAACAUGUCUACGGACGAGGACCCCAAGUACUUCCAGGGCUUCUCCAAGCUCCCCUCGCCGCUCGUCUCGACGAGCCUCCAGGUCAUGAAGUUCAGCGGAAACUUCGUCAAGGUCACCAACGACAAGAAGGCCUUCGACUGGGGCGGCUUCAAGAACGCCGUCAACGGCUACAAGGGCGAUGACCUCACCUUCGACAAGUUCAAGGAGAACACCAUCGCGCGCAGCGACGCCACCGUCAAGGUCAUGGUCGACAAGAUCGUCAAGUUCCUGCUCGAGGCGCUCUCUGUCGUCAUCGACGCCGGCGAGCUCGCGGCGACGAUCGAGGCGACGUUCACGAACCUGAAGAGCGCCAAGUCGAACGGCUGGGCGGACUUCAGCAAGUCGAGCGCGUCGAGCAACUCGUCGUGGGAGUACCGCAUCCUGUUCGCGGUGCCGAACGCGGAGCUGGAGGACUUCUUCUACUCGCUGGUGACGACGAUCAAGCUGGAGGCGGAUAUCACGGAGGAGUCGUCCUGGUGGGGCCUCGUGAGCAGCUCGUCGAAGAACUUCUCGGCGACCAUCGACGCGAUGGAGCUCGUUGUCCAGAAGGGCUUCCGCAACCCCCUCUAACUUGUACUCGCCCAACGAACAAGCGCCUGGUGUAAAACCCGUACACAAUAUAUCUUUGAUGCCAUCGUUGUACUGUCUUGAUCUAAAGAACCGAAAGUUAUGCCUCAUAACCAUGUCGAAGUCGAAUACGCCAUAAGUCUGUCAAAGUUCAAUCGAUGAUUAGUUGCUUCGCAUAUAAUCCUCGAAAUUGCCUGAGAAGGAAGCUUU